AUGAGUAACUGCUUUGUGAAGCCGACCUCUCGGAGCGAGGGUGAGAUCCUCCAGUCGCCCAACCUCAGGAGCUUCGCCUACAGGGAGCUCAGGGCGGCCACUAGGAACUUCCGACCGGACAGCGCCCUCGGUGAAGGUGGCUUCGGGGUGGUAUUCAAGGGGUGGGUCGACGAGACCACCUUUGCCCCGCCCAGCGGCAACGAGACUGGCAUGCCAAUCGCUGUUAAGAAGCUCAACCAGGAAGGCAUCCAGGGCCACAGGGAAUGGCUGGCUGAAGUGAAUUACCUUGGACAACUGUCGCACCCCAAUCUGGUGAAGCUCCUAGGGUACUGUCUCGAAGACGUGCAGCACCUACUUGUCUAUGAGUUCAUGCCACGCGGAAGCUUAGAGAACCAUAUGUUCAGGAGGGGCUCACAUUUCCAGCCACUGUCAUGGAAUCUGAGGAUGAAUGUUGCUCUUGGGGCAGCCAAGGGGCUCGCGUUUCUACAUAGCGACAAGGCCAAUGUCAUCUACCGUGAUUUCAAGAUGGGAAAUGUUCUUCUUGAUUUGAGCUACAACGCAAAGCUGUCUGAUUUUGGGUUGGCAAGGGAUGGGCCAGCUGAUGAUAAGAGCCAUGUCUCUACAAGGGUCAUGGGCACAUAUGGAUAUGCAGCCCCUGAAUAUCUUGAUACAGGGCAUCUGACGACGAAGUGCGACGUGUACAGCUUCGGCGUGGUGCUGCUGGAGAUGUUGUCCGGCCGGCGCGCCCUGGACAAGAACCGGCCGGCCGGCGAGCACAAGCUGGUGGAGUGGGCAUCGCCGUACCUGACAAGCAAGCGCCGCAUCUCUCAAAUCCUGGACGCGCGGCUGGGCGGGCAGUACCCCCUUGGCAGCGCGCAGAAGGCUGCCGCGCUGGCGCUCAAGUGCAUCUCUGUCAACCCGAAAGCCCGGCCAAGGAUGGAGCAGGUGGUGGCAGCGCUGGAGCAGCUCCAGGACGACAAGGAGACCGUGGUGACUGGUGGAGGCGCCUGCGGCUUCUUCAGGAUGUGUGGCGGUGGCAGGCAGCAGCAGCAGCAGCAGACGUAG